UUAGCAUCCACCACCACACAGUACAACAUACAUCCUUCCAAUGGCUACUCUACCGCCCAUCGGCUCCGACUACUGCCCUCCCUUUGCGCCAUUCUUCGGCCUCAUGGGUGUGGCCAGCGCUAUGGUGUUCAGCAGCAUGGGAGCAGGAUAUGGCACAUUCAAGUCUGGCAUCGGUAUUUCGGGCAUGGGAACCUUCCGUCCAGAGCUGAUGAUGAAGGCGCUUAUCCCAGUUGUCAUGGCUGGUAUUAUCUCGGUCUACGGACUAGUCAUCUCGGUCUUAAUUGCAGGAUCAUUGACACCCACGGGCUAUUCUUUAUUCGCUGGAUUUGUCCAUCUCGGCGCAGGUCUCUGUGUCGGAUUAACAGGAUUGGCAGCAGGAUAUGCCAUUGGCAUCGUAGGCGAUGUGUGUGUGCGAGGCUAUGCAUACCAGCCAAGGCUCUUUGUCGCGAUGGUGUUGGUGCUGAUUUUCGCAGAAGUCUUGGGACUGUAUGGGUUGAUUGUAGGACUUAUCCUGAAUACAAAAGCGACAGGAUCGUGUUAGCUUCUUUAUUUGAGCAAGGCGGAUACAUAUAGUCUAUUGUUUUCUUCAUUGGUGUACACGUCAAUUGAAGGAAAUAAACAAAUGCAGACGCAUGGUUAUUGAG